AUGGAGCCCUCAAAGAAGAAAGUGGCUACAUCCGAACGUCCAGAUGCUCAGUCAUCGUCAUCAGUCACUGAGAACGUUUCAUCAUCGCGAUGGGAGUAUUUGAAACACUACUUCACGAGUCGUGAUGGCUGGAUUGGAGAUUAUGACUACAUGUACCUCAUCACGCCGAACAUCUGGCCCCUCAACAGGAAAUAUAAAGAUUUUGAAACGCCUUUCUACGGCCUCAAUGACCACGUGCCAAUCUUCCUAACUAUCAUCCUCGGCCUUCAGCAUGCCUUGACACUGGUCGGAUCCGUAGUUUCCCCGCCAUUGGCAAUUGCUGGCGGCGCAUUCUACCUCGAUUCUGAGCAAACUCAGUACCUCGUCUCUACUGCUUUUAUUACCACUGGAAUUGCUACGGCGUUGCAGGUCACUCGGCUCCAUGUCAUGAAAACGCCGUUUUUCAUCGGGACGGGUCUCUUGUCCGUUGUGGGACCGACGUUUGAUAUUCUCAAUAUUGCUUUCAAUUACACCAACAUGCGAUAUGCGGAUGGGACAUGUCCCGUUGACGAGACUGGAGCGAAAUUGCCUUGUCCAGAGGCAUGGGGUGCCAUGCUCGGCACAAUGCUGUGUACUGUAUGGGUUCAGAUAUUAAUGUCGCUUGUUCCGCCCAAGAUCCUCAAUCGCAUAUUUCCCAAGAUUGUUACUGGUAGUUUGCUGGUACUUGUCGGUGUGUAUCUCAUUGGCAAUGGAAUGGAGAACUGGGGGGGAAGUUCCAACUGCAAUGGUGGAACAGGCUUUUACGCCUUGUGUCCAAACACCGCUGCUCCCAAUCCGCUACCAUGGGGCGAUCCCAAAUUGAUCGGUCUCGGAUUCAGCGUUUUCAUAACUAUAAUCUUUGUUGAGAUCUUCGGAUCACCACUUAUGCGCUCCGCAUCUGUCAUUUUCGGGUUGGCUGUAGGCUGCAUUAUUUCUGGUGCGGCUGGAUACUGGUCCAGGAAUGAAAUAGAUGCUGCCCCUGUCGGUACAUUUUUGUGGGUUCAUACGUUCAAACUGUCCGUCGAUAGAGCGCUUGUCUUGCCUUUGAUGAUUAUGUUUGUCUGUGAAGCUGUCAGUUGCAUGCCUGACAUAUUGGCGACGGCUGAGCUUUCCGGUGUCGAUAUCGAUGGCACUGAGUUCAAUAGUCGUAUACAAGGAGGAAUAUUAUGCGAUGGUUUGGGAAGUCUGAUCAGCGCCCUUGGUACUGGACUACCUAUGGUCAGUCAGGCUGGCAACAAUGGUGUCAUCUCCUUGACAGGAUGCGCUAGCCGGCGUGCCGGAUGGUGUGCCUCCGCAUUCCUAAUUCUGAUGGGUAUCUUUGGCAAAUUCGGCGCAGGCUUCGGUUCAAUGCCACCAUCAGUUCUCGGUGGGAUGCAAGUAUUCUUGUAUAGUACAAUCGCUAUUGCUGGUAUACGUGUUUUGAGUCUUGUCGAAUUUACAAGACGAAAUCGAUUCAUUUUGACCGCCGCUUUGGGUAUUGGCUUUAUUGAUAUCGUAUCGCCAACCUGGUUUUCUAAGAUCCUCGACUACAACGGGUCAAAUGUUAAUUUGCGGGGAUUUGAACAAGGACUGAAUCUGAUCGUCGAGACACCUUUCAUCAUUGCGGCAGUUAUUGGAGUUGUGUUGAAUUUGGCACUGCCAGAAGAGAAGGGGGCAACUAAAAAUACCCAUAUGCUUCCAUGGCAGUGACAGCCGACUGAAAUGU